UAAGCAUUAGUAGUAGAAGAAUUUGCACGUGUACGCCUUGGAGCAGUUGGUUUAAUAGUUUUCAAGACAUCAGGCACCUUUCGUGAAUUACGAACGCUAUAAUGCAGAGGGAGGACAAACUCAGCCUGCUGCUCUCCUUCCACACUGAGCCCAAACAAGAGUCACUGGAUUCUGAUUGUGAAGCUCAGUGGGGAUUGAGGGAUUCAGAGAUGACAUCAGUAAAGCUGGAGGAAAAAAGUCAGAAACUGGGGCGGAAUGUUACCAAUAAUGAUGAAGAGGAGAAGAAUGUGGUUAUCAUUAAUAAUGGAGAGGGAGAUUUACUCACUCAAGAUGGGAUUCCUGAAGUGGAGACACUUGGAGAGAAACAACAGGAAGACCACAAUCAUAAGAAGUCUCACCACUGUCCCCACUGUGAAAAACAUUUCACAUUUCUAUCACUGUUAAAAAUACACAUUAAGAUCCAUACUGGAGAGAAGCCUUACUCCUGUUCUGACUGUGGGAAGUGUUUCUCUCAACUAGGUCACCUUAAAGUUCACCAGCGCAUACAUACUGGUGAAAAGCCUUACUCCUGUUCUGAUUGUGGGAAGUGUUUCUCUGAAUUAGGUAACCUUAAAGUUCACCAGCGCAUACAUAGUGGUGAUAAGCCUUACUCCUGUUCUGACUGUGGGAAGUGUUACUCCCAAUUAGGUUACCUUAAAGUUCACCAGCGCAUACAUACUGGUGAAAUGCCUUACUCCUGUUCUGACUGUGGGAAGUGUUACUCUCAACUAGGUCCCCUUAAAGUUCACCAGCGCAUACAUACUGGUGAAAAGCCUUACUCCUGUUCUGACUGUGGGAAGUGUUUCUCUGAAUUAGGUAGACUUAAAUAUCACCAGCGCAUACAUACUGGUGAAAAGCCUUACUCCUGUUCUGAUUGUGGGAAGUGUUUCUCUGAAUUAGGUAACCUUAAAGUUCACCAGCGCAUACAUACUGGUGAUAAGCCUCACUCCUGUUCUGACUGUGGGAAGUGUUUCUCUGAAUUAGGUAACCUUAAAGUUCACCAGCGCAUACAUACUGGUGAAAAGCCUUACUCCUGUUCUGACUGUGGGAAGUGUUACUCUCAAAUAGGUACCCUUAAAGUUCACCAGCGCAUACAUACUGGUGAACAGCCUUACUCCUGUUCUGACUGUGGGAAGUGUUUCUCUGAAUUAGGUCGCCUUAAAUAUCACCAGCACAUACAUACUGGUGAAAAGCCUUACUCCUGUUCUGACUGUGGGAAGAUUUUCUCUAAAUUAGGUCGCCUUAAAUAUCACCAGUGCAUACAUACUGGUGAUAAGCCUUACUCCUGUUCUGACUGUGGGAAGUGUUUCUCUGAAUUAGGUCACCUUAAAGUUCACCAGCGCAUACAUACUAGUGAUAAGCCUUACUCCUGUUCUGACUGUGGGAAGUGUUACUCCCAAUUACGUUACCUUAAAGUUCACCAGCGCAUACAUACUGGUGAAAAGCCUUACUCCUGUUCUGACUGUGGGAAGUGUUUCUCUGAAUUAGGUAGCCUUAAAUAUCACCAGCGCAUACGUACUGGUGAAAAGCCUUACUCCUGUUCUGAUUGUGGGAAGUGUUUCUCUGUAUUAGGUAACCUUAAAGUUCACCAGCGCAUACAUACUGGUGAUAAGCCUUACUCCUGUUUUGACUGUGGGAAGUGUUUCUCUCAAUUAGGUCACCUUAAAGUUCACCAGCGCAUACAUACUAGUGAUAAGUCUUACUCCUGUUCUGAGUGUGGGAAGUGUUUUACGACAUCAUUUACACUUACUAAACACCAGAGUGCACACAGGUGAGAAACCUUUGAGUGAAAUAAGUAAUCAACUCCUCCGAAAACAUGACUGAUUGGUGGCAAAACACUUGUUGGCAAUCACAGAGGUCAGACGUUUCUUUUUAGUUGGCCACCAGGUUUGCACACAUCUCAGGAGGGAUUUUGUCUCACACCUUUUUGCAGAUCUACGCCUAGUCAUUAAGGUUUCGAGGCUGACGUUUGGCAAUCCGAACCUUCAGCUCCUUCCACAGAUUUUCU